CCAUAGUUUUUAGUUUACUAUUUAAAGAUCAUUUUUCGUCAGAUAAUGGACGAAGAAUAUAUUGAAACAAAGUUUCCCACAUCGCCAUUUUGUCGUAUCUGUAUCACAAUCAAUGAUGUAAAUUACUAUAUCCACCAAUUCGUAGGCGAGGACGGUGUAACGUCGAUUAGCCUGCAUAGGAAGCUGGCAAAGCUGUUCCCAGCAAUGUUCAACGAUGAGCAAGUGCACAAUGAUGAAAUCAAUUCUUGGCCCAACCGAGUUUGCCAGGAAUGCAAACAGAUGAUUUCAAACGCCUACCAUCUAUACGAGCUAUGUGCAACGAGUGCAGAGCGACUGAAAAAGCUAUUAGCGGUAGAAGAAGUCGUGCUCGAUGAAACGGAAAAGAAAAUAAACGUUGAAGUGGAGGAGGAAAAUCAGCUCGUCACUUCAGAUGAAGUAUUAGUAAAACCUAUAAGAGGUACCAAUUCUUCUCUUAGUGAAGAAAAGGCAGCUGGAAGGUGCACAAGUCCUCGCCGGAAAAGGACUAAGGGGAAUAUUAGAACGAAGGCAGCUAUACAACAAUCAACAAUCAAACAAGUAUCACCUAAUAAAAAACCAUUGCGAAAGUUUUCAAUCGGAGUUAAGGCGUGGAAAACAAAGGAGUCUGUGGAAAUUGCAACAAAGGAUGAUUCCGUAGAUAUGGUGAAUAAUUUAAAUGAAGAGCAAGAGCCAAGCGAUGAUACUACGGCGAUAAAAAGUGAAGAGGAAGAUGGGCAGCUAAGUGUACAGGCCACAAACGUGACACCGGUGCAAACAGUAUCAGAAAAGAAACGUCCCAGAACUCGAGGAUCACGGGAAAGCACCAGAAAAGGGGAACUACAAACCAAGGCAGCUAUAUGUAACAAAGAUAACAUAAAUGACCAUCUUGGAGACGCACACGAACCGGAAACCAAAAUAGAUUUAUACCGCUGUCAACUCUGCGAAGGACCAACCUAUACGUCCCCAUCCGAAUUAACCGACCAUCUUAAAAAGCAACAUGCAGAUCAGAUAAGUUGCUGUGACCAGUGUCCGAAGGUGUUCAUGAGCGAGCAGGCUUUCCAGCAUCAUCAGUAUUGUCAUGCAAUCGGUCGGUCGCAUUUCUGCAUGUUCUGUGACAAGGGCUUUGUAACCGAAGACCUUUUGAAGGGACAUGUUCGCACGCACACGCACAGGACCGACUACCUUUGCUUCCUUUGCGGCAAAGAGUUUAGCAAUAGCAGUAAUCUUCGGCAGCACGUAAAGCGCCAUUAUGGCGAGAAACCUUUCACAUGUGACCAGUGUCCGAUGCGUUUUAGUACAAAAGGUUAUUUAACGAGACAUUACCAAACUCAUACGAAAAUUAAAAAGUUUACUUGUGACACUUGUGGAUCGCUUUUCAGUCGGCAGUAUACGCUAGUGAAGCACCAGUUACUGCACACAGGAGCACGUUUCUUUAGCUGUGAGGUAUGCAAGAUGAGUUUUACUUCAAGCGACCACGUAAAACGCCAUAUGAGGACGCAUACCGGUGAAAAGCCCUACAAGUGCGGGUGCUGCGGGCGCGCCUUCGCUCAGAGCAACGACAUGGUGAAACAUAUGCGGACGCACCUGGGAGACAACGCCUACCACUGCGAUCGUUGUGAUGCCUCCUACCGCUUAUUGUCCGAACUGCGUAAUCACUACAAAGAACACUACCAACCUGGUGAUAACCCUAUUGGCAGCUCUUCCGUCGAGGAAGAAAAGGAAAUACGCUUUACAAGUAUGAAUAUUUUAAACCGCUUGUUUGAUAAAAAGCAGGAAUAUGUUGGUAUAAAAAUGGAAAAAGAGGAAAUACCGAUGGCGCCGUCGAGCCAGGCAAUAUGUCGCAUUUGCGUAUCGCCCGAUGAAUUAGAUUAUCAUAUCUACCAAUCGAUGCCUGAGCACGGUGAAGUUACUAGUUUGCAUAUGAUGUUGGAACGACUUUUCCCUUGUAUUUUUAACACCGAGCAAGUGAACAACGAUCAGAAUGAAAAUUGGCCCUCCAGGAUAUGCCGGAAGUGUAGGCAGAGAGUGUCCCAGGCGUACAGUUUGUACGAGCUUUGUAUGGCGAGUACUGAUCGAUUGAGAAAGAUGCUAACGGAAGCGGGUGUGCCAUCGCUUGCCGAUGAUAGUGCAACGGAAGCAGAUUUUCUUUCGGCGGAUGGGAUCAAGCAAGAGUGUGCCCCGGAGAUGUUGACCGUAUUCGAAACUUCUCAAGAUCUCGUCGAAGAAUUGCGCGAAGAGACGCCUGAGUGGGGGCUGAUCAAAAGCGAGGAUGCACUCGAGGUACCGGUAAAGGUAUGCAAACGUUCUGAAAGAGUUAAAAGACAGCGUGUUCCUAGUGAAUCGUCGACAAAGAUUGAGGUUUCAAAUGGUUGCCACCCUAGGGGCAAUAAGUCAGUCAAAGGAGAGGAGAAAGUUGAACACUCGCCGGAAAAGCCUGCAAGCGCUUCCAAACAACGCCGCAAACCACAUCAAAAGAAAGCGAAAGCAAGAUGUAAUCAGAACAAUGCAACCGCAAAACACACAAACAGCGAGGAAUCGGAUACACUAACAACCAAAAUCGAUCUGUAUCGAUGCCAGCUGUGCGACGGCCCGACAUACACCUGCCCUACGGAACUAUCGGACCAUUUGAAAGCCGAACAUACGGAUCAAAUACGUUCCUGUGGCCAAUGCCCGAAGGUGUUUAUGAGCGAGCAAGCCUUUCAGCAUCAUCAGUAUUGUCAUGCCACUGGGCGGUCACAUUUCUGCAUAUUCUGCGACAAAGGCUUCCAGAAGCAGAACCUCCUCGAGAGCCACAUACGGACACACACGAAAAGAGGAGAUUUCCUAUGUUCGCUUUGUGGUAAAGAGUUUACCAAUAAUACGAACUUACGCCAGCACACAAAGAUUAUGCACUCUGGAGAGAAACCGUGGGCCUGUACGCUCUGUCCGAGUAGAUUUACCACAAAAGGGAGUCUUAAAAUGCACCAGUAUACACACACGAAGGUUAAGAAGUUUAGCUGUGAAACUUGUGGAACUCAGUUCACCAAACACUCUUCCCUUGUAAAGCAUAGGUUAAUACAUACAGGAGAGCGUCCUUUUGGCUGUGAAGUUUGCAAGAUGCGGUUCCUUUCGAACUAUAUGCUCAAGCGGCACAUGCUGACACACACGGGAGAAAAGCCAUUCAAAUGCACUUAUUGCGAGCGAAGUUUUGCGCAAUCAAACGACAUGGUGAAACACAUUCGGACGCACGUGGGCGACAAUUUGUACAAGUGUGACCGUUGCGAUGCGUCGUACCGUUUGCUGUCGGAGUUGCGGAAUCACUACACGGAACAUUAUCAAUCGGGUGAGGGUGGUGUUGGCCAAAGUUCCACACUAGAGGAGGACAAGAAUAUCCGAUUUACCACCACGUACAUUAUGAAGCUGCGAAUGGAGAAAGAGAAGGCGGAGAGUGGUAGGCCGGCGGAAUUUACUACAAUUCUUUGAGGGUUUUAGAUAUCUCUUGUGGAUCGACAAAAUACACUCUGGUUAGUGUUCCAAAAACGGAUGUAGAAUAGAGGUCGUAAAAGAGAUGGUUGAUAAUUAAGAGUCAUCAAAAGCAUCUAUUACCAGUGACGAGUGACAGAAACAUUAAAUAAACCUAUAAAUUGGAAUGUUUCAGAUUCAGUUAAAUCGGAACAGUUUUGGUGCUUUGCUCGCAUUUUGAUUUCAUAGUACGUUAGGUUUUAUUUGGAAAUUGAUAAAAAGAAAACAUGU